GCACGGAACAACCACUAGAUGGCGCGUAAUAGGUUUCAGUACACAGAGAGCAGGUUUUUAAGGAUGUUAUUAGAAAAGAGAAGGAAAUGGAUGCCACUGAAAAUAUGCGGAGCAGAUUUGAUAAACUCGGCGAUUUAGGGGUGUAGUCUUGAAGAAGAGGAAAACUAUCAACAGGAGUGGGUUUAAAGCAGCGAGAAGAAAACGCAACGUUGCACGGCGACUGUAAUCAUUCUGCUGUCUCAGUGGAGUCAACAAGUGAAGUGCAAACUAUCAACAAAAAACAAGAAGAGACAUUGUAAGUGAACGUGACCUAUGAAACUUCCUCCAGAGAAUGGCUACAGCUGAUCCAGUCUCCACCGAGGGAGCGAACUCCAAUAAUGUGGUUACUCUGUUAUGGAGGAGGCGAUUGUUUCCUCAGAGAGGAGCUGCUGGAACUCUUAGGAUGACAUCUGUUGAAGGCCAGACCUCUUUGAGUUCAUCGCAGACUAAUAAGAGAACCAUUGGUCAUCGUGGGAUUGACCACACAGGGGAGACUACAUACAAAAAGACAACUUCAUCUGCCCUGAAAGGUGCGAUCCAGCUGGGCAUCGCGCACACAGUGGGCAGCUUGAGCCAGAAGCAAGAGAGAGAUGUUCUCAUGCAGGACUUUGAAGAAGUGGAGAGCAUUUUCUUUCCCAGCGAGGGCAGUAAUUUAACCCCUGGACACCACCAUGGCGACUUCAGGUUUAAAACCUACGCUCCAAUUGCCUUCCGCUACUUCAGAGAGAUGUUUGGGAUUCGAUCUGAUGACUACCUCUAUUCUCUGUGUAACGAUCCCCUGAUAGAGCUGUCAAACCCUGGGGCGAGUGGGUCUCUGUUUUAUGUCUCCAGUGAUGAUGAGUUCAUCAUUAAAACUGUCCAGCACAAGGAGGCAGAGUUCCUGCAAAAAUUACUGCCUGGGUACUUUAUGAACCUGAACCAGAACAAGCGUACACUGCUUCCAAAAUUCUAUGGGCUCUACUGCAUUCAGGCUGGAGGGAAGAACAUCCGCCUUGUGGUAAUGAACAACCUGCUGCCGCGCACUGUUCCCAUGCACCUCAAAUACGACCUGAAGGGCUCCACGUACAAGCGUCGUGCCUCACCUAAGGAGAGAAUGAAGAGCCUUCCCACCUAUAAAGACUUAGACUUCAUGCAGGACAUGCCCGAGGGCCUACUACUGGAGACAGAUCACUACAGUGCACUCUGCAAGACCAUCCAACGAGACUGCCUGGUGCUGCAGAGCUUCAAGAUCAUGGACUACAGUCUCCUAGUGGGGAUUCACAAUGUGGACCGGCCUGGAGAUGAGGCAUCCAUGCCAGUGCCUGAUCAGAAGAAGAAUCAGGGCCAGAAGCCCCUCUACUGCACGACCAUGGAGGCGAUCCAGGGCGAGGUCAAGGGCAAGGCUGCACCACUGUGCACUGAGAGCACGGGAGGAAUGCCAGCACAUAACUCAAAGGGGGAGAGGUUGCUGAUCUUUAUUGGGAUCAUUGACAUCCUCCAGUCCUACAGGUUUGUGAAAAAAUUGGAGCACUCGUGGAAAGCCUUGGUUCAUGAUGGGGAUACAGUGUCAGUACACAGGCCUGGUUUCUAUGCAGACCGCUUCCAGAAGUUCAUGUCCAUUACCGUUUUCAAGAAAUCUUCGUCAAAAACAUUGCCUUCCAAGAAGAUACGAGGAGUCAUUGCAGGGCAACGCAAGGCAAGCACUGCAGCGGCUGGACAAACCCAGCAGGGUCAGUCGUCGGUUAUGGUAGCACUGACAAAUGCAGAGCAAACUCAGCCAGACGAGGAGUCGACUCAGAUACAUAGCAACAGUGCUGUGUCUCCCACCUCAGAGACACCAGGAAGUGGAGAAAACGAUCCGUGCCCUGACCUCAUUAGUAGCCCUCUUGCAAGUGACUUAGCUGAUAACACACUCAGAAGAAUGGAAUAGCGGAAGCUAAAUUGCUCUAAAAAGGAACAGUGAUAUACUGCUUUAAGGAAGACAGCCAAAGGUUUUUUUGGAUGGACAUCAGCAGACAAAGUAUGAGGAAAACCAAAGUGAAAGGAAGGCGGAUACAGAAAGUACUUUACACUGCAGCAAAGCACACACAAGCUGUACAAAGGUGUUCCUUGGGUGACUUCUGCAUCCAGGGUUGCUGCUAAAAAAAAAAUAAAAAAAAAACAUUAAGAAAAGUAAGAUGUGUGUUAGCAAUCACAAACACACAUGCCAAAUAUGAACUCUUUGAAAUAAUUAGUUGAAAUGAACAUAUCCUUUGUGCCUCUAUACACUGCAUGCAGAAUUAUAUAGAUAGUUUUUCAUAUGGUUUUUUUGUUUGUUUGUUUUUUUUUGGGGUUUUUUUUUUUUUUAUGAACAUGGUUUAACACUGAGCCAUAAAGGUUCCCUUGCUAGGAAAAAGGAGAGGGAAACGGACAGCUGCGAUUUAAAAGUUCCACUAGUGGAGGCGAUAAUGGAGGCUUUUAUAGGGGUUUUUGAGUAUUUAGUAUUAAAUGAUGUUUUAAAUUUGCUGAAAUUGGAAAUUCAGACCUGUUUUAACUAUGAAAAAGGCAACGUACCUUUGCCAAUGUGAACAAUAUUUAGUCAGCUCGCUAAGAAAAUGUUCUGGAGAGGCUCAGUAUUAAGGGAAGUGGAAAGCAGAGUGGGGCGAAAAAUAUCAUCACGGUUUCUGAUACACAGUAUGUACAACGAGAUAACAAACUGCUCACAAAAUAGUAGCUGUGUUAAAAAAAACUGAGUUCAUUGAUGCUUUUAUUUAACAUCAGCAAAAAUAAAUUAAUAGUGAAAAAGAGGAAAAAAAUGAAACAUUUGUUCAAAAUUGUAACAUUUUACAGUUUUGAAGAUCCAGGACAAAAUUGUAACAUCUAAUCAGCUGCUUUAAAUCAGUAAAAUACAAGCAAGUAAAUGUAUUGAGACAUAAUUUAUAUCGAUAGCGAUAUUAUAUCAUCAUAUUAUCCAGCCCUAGAGCAGAUCUUAUUUAAUCUUAACCAGAAGACUCAGAGUUAGUGUUGGAAAAUAGUUAUGGUAUAGAAAUAUUACAUGACAUACACAAUACUUUAACCUAUCAGUAUAUUAUUCCAAUGCUUGCCAGAUGAAAUGUGCAUGUUUACUAAACUAUUUAGCUAUUAUUCUCAUUAACAGAGCUUACGCCUUCAGAAAUAUUCCUUUGCUUACAUUCUGCUUCAGCUUUAAGAUAAUUGCAUACAAAUAAUAAAGCUUUCUGACUAUGUUAAUUGAUCAAAAUGGGGUGUGCGCUACAUGAAUUAUGUUUGCAUUAAUUAAUUUACAUUACAUGUAUUUUCUUCUAAAAAGCUAUCUCAAGUUAGGUGUAGUUCAAUAGGCAACUGAAAAUAUUAUGGGUGUUGUAAAAUCUGGUACAACGGGCCUCAUUUAUCAAUCUCGGUAUGAAUGGAUUUGUCCGUAAAUUGUUAUUACGAGCCGUUAAACAAGAAUUUUGGUGUUCAUGAAAUUCCCGUAAUUUCAGAAACAAAGUUUGUAUCCUACUCAUGCUUCUGAGUGUGUGUAUAUUUACUCAGAAGAAGACUAACUAAUAUAAACCUCUACUUGAUCGCCUUAAGAUCAUAUCAUUACUGCAUUUUUAUAUCUGGAAUAUACUGUCGAGGUUAAAUUGCUUGUUUUUAUUACGUUUACAGCGUUUAGCAGACGCCCUUAUCCAGAGCGACUUAUAGAAGGGCUUUGGAAUCAAAAACACAUCCUCAUGCUAGUUCACUAAGUCAGGGACUAAGAAUAAGAACAUCAAGAACAUUUAGUGAAAACCAGAUGUUUUAUUUUAUUGACAUUUACAAAUGUCUCAGCUGAUGGAAGAUUUAGCAUUGCUCAUUAUUAUUAAUAUUAUAUAUUAUUAAAUAGUUUUAUUGGCAUAGAAGUGAGUCAAAAUAACGUCAACUUCUGUCUUUCAACCUUUACCCUGAUCAUACAUUUCAUGCUCUCAGCUGUCUGUGCAUGUGACCUUUUAUAGAGUUUGUGGUUGUCGCUAAAUGCAAAUGAGCUGUGUGAGGAACUCGUCCUGCAGUUUACAGGUGAUCAAAACUUUUGUAAAUCUGCCAGACAAGUCUAGUUCGGUUUGGCUUACGCAAACAUUUACACAUAACUUUGCUGAAAGAUUGAUCAGUGAGGCCUGAUGUUCUGAUAAAUACGCAAUGAUGAUUUGAGAGGACACCGAUUCGUUUCACCUUUGUCUUAUUGUUAUCUUAGUAAGCCUUGUGAAAUGUUUAUCAAAGCGGUGCUGUCUGAUUUUAUAUGAAUUGUACUCUUUUGUAAUUUUCCAGUCUUAAAAUACAAUGUCAACAUUUGUUUUUUUGGGGGGGUACAUAUUGGUUUUUAUUUUGACAAAAUUUGAUUUUUAAGAGCCUUUCUUAGCCAUCAUGUGACUGUUUUUUUGCACAAAGAAUUGCACUCGCUCUGAAUAGUUUACAUAUUUUAACAGUGCCUUACAUAUCCAUAUUUGAUUGUUCAUAAAGAUGUAAUUAUCUAAAAUAAGAUUUAUGGGGAAGAGAAAGUAUUGUAGAAUUGGAAUUCAGUCAUGGCCAUAUGUGAUUUGCAGUAAAUAAUCUCAGAGUUUAGUGUGGCAACAAAAAAAAAAGCCACUUUAGGAUACAAGCCUGGAAAAUGACUAUUUAUUUAUCUAUAUUUUAUUUCUUUUAAUUUCAAAAACGGUGUUAUAAGUACUGCCUGUGGGUUUAUGCAAUACGCUGAAGUGUUCCUAGUUGGGAUUUGUACAAAAAUGCAAUGUUACAGACUUUGGUUUUAAGAUGAAUCUUCAUUUAAUACACUCAGGUGUGCUGAAAGUGCUGAGUUGGAAAAAUAAUGGGUUUAUGGUAUAGUGUAGUAAUUCAUUGUGUCUGUGUGUAGAUGGUCUUGUGCAUAUCUUUACAUUCUGUUUGUAUAUAUUAAAUAGGAAUUGUUUUUUUUUUUUUUUAUAAAUAUGGUGGCCCAAAACCUUGCUAAGACACUUUAUACUUUUUUUUUUCCACUUUAAUUUGUCACCUUUCUGUAGAUCCUUAAAACCAGGGCAAUAAAAGCAAUUUGACAAAUCAA